AUGGGGCAAAUCCUCCUCCGUCCUCAAGAAGAAGAAGAGUUGCGAAUCGCGGAGGAAGCAGAGAAAAAAGACAACAUUACUCGCAAACCCCAUCCCGACACCAAGCCUUCAAACCCUCUUCACACCGAGAAACCUGUCGACGAUACUCAUGAUGUCCCGAUAGGACCGAUUCUGGUUAAGGUGGAUUCGUAUCGGGAUGAUAGCAUCACAGCACAAGUCUACGUCGUAGUAGCAGCCGGUUCGGUCAUAGGAUUCAUAAUCCGCGACUUAGGUGAUCCUGAGAUCGCGGGGUGGAUUAUACAAGGCCCCCUCCUAAUCCAAGCCGUCCUCUCCCCACCCCUAGGCCGUCUCUCGGACGUGUUGGACAGAAAAUACCUCGCAAUAAUCCCGACUUUGCUAUCCCUAAUCGGCGCCAUCAUAUCCGCGCGCGCCUCCUCCAUGCCCACCCUCGUCGGCGGCGGCAUCCUCAUCGGCUGCACGCUCGCCACAUCGAGUAUCACGCAGGCGAUCCCGGCGGAGGUGCUGCCGUUGAAGUAUAGGGCUAUUGCGAAUGGGGUGGCGGGGUUGGGGGGGAGUUUGGGGGGUGUGAUUGGGAGUUUAGGAGCGGGUGCGGCGACAAACGCGAGUCCCUCUGGCUGGCGGAAUAUUUUCUGGAUCCAAGCUGGGUUUUUCGGGAUUACCAUCUUAGGCUUCUUUGCUUUUUAUCAUCCGAGGAAGGUUAAUCGACCAGAGAAGCUAUCGUGGAGAGCGAUUUUCUGGGCGUGUGAUCCGAUUGGAAGUUUGUUGUUUAUUGUUAGUGCAACGCUGAUGUUGCUAGCGUUGGAUUGGGUGGGAGGUGUGUAUGAGUGGAGUGAUAGACAUGUUGUUGCGCCGUUGACGAUUGGACUUGUUUGUUUGGUUGGAUUUGGGGGGUAUGAGUGGAAAGGCAGACAAGAUGGACUUGUAGCCCAUGCGUUCUUUAGGGGUGGACCUAAUUUUCCGUUGUCGGUGUUUGCGUUUGCUAUUGAAGGGUGGAUCUUUUAUAGCGCCGUCAACAGCAUUACACCGCAAGUAGUGCUGAAUCUGGGAUUCGAAACUUCAGCAUGGAAGAUAUCUUUGCGACAGCUAUCUUUCACGGGAAUGGUGCUUCUGAUGCCGUUUCCAAUUAUGUGGUAUGCUACCAAAUAUAAGGAUCUCAAGUCACCACUAUUGGUGACGUUUGUACUCUUCCUGAUCGUGACUAUCUGCUACGCCAACAUCAAUCCCUCAAUGAACCAUGCUCAAAUCGGGUUCAACAUCAUUGCUGGAAUCGGUCAAACCGGUCCUCUAAUGGUCCUUCCAGCACUCAUUCAAUUCACAUCACCUCACGCCUUCCUCUCUACCGCCACAGGCCUCGCAUUCUCAGCUCGUGCUCUCGGCGGUGCAUUCGGCUCCGCAAUCCUCAACACCAUAAUCAACAGCGAGCUCUCCCGUUCCUACGCUCGCAAAGUCUCAGCAGCCGCCCUAAAUGCUGGUUUACCUACCACUUCCAUACCCGAACUCCUCGAGGCCUUCGCAUCCGGCAAAGGAUUCGAGAGUAUCCCUGGUAUUAAUGCUGGUAUCUUGCGAGAAGCGACUAUCACAAGUCGUGAGGUGUAUGCCAGGGCGUAUAGAUUGGCGUGGUCUAGUAUUAUUCCGUUUGUGGUGCUGGCGUUUGUGGCGGUUGCGUUUUUGAAAGGGGUCAAGGAGUUGAUGACGGAGCAUGUUGAGGCUACCGUUGAGAAGGUUGAGGAUAGAGAGGAAGUGAAAGUCUAG